AUGACUACAUCUACAAUAUCGAGCAAAUGUUUAUGCGGUCAAAUAACUGUUUCUAUUCCACGAACUGAAUUCAACAAAACUGAUAGUAUCGGUUUAUGUUAUUGUAAAACUUGUCGUCAAAUUGGCGGUUGUCUAGCAUCAUAUAAUCUAUAUAUACUAAAGAAAGAUGUUAAAAUAGAAGGUCAACCAAAAAUUUAUGAAGAUAAAAAUACAGAUAGUGGUACAACAAUACAACGUGGAUUCUGUAGUAAUUGUGGUUCAUCAAUCUAUGGUAAAAAUCCAAAAUCUGUUGGUCCAAUAGCUCUGAAAUUAGGCAUGUUUGAUGAAUUACCGAAACCUGGUAUGGCACUCUAUUGUAAACGACGUCCAGAUUGGGUUAAACCAAUUGAUGAUAUAGACGAACAUUAA